UCCGCCGGCGAUGGCGAGGUUGUACCGCACGGUUGGUAUCUUCGGUGGUUUCGUGGCCGUGGUGGCGGCAGCUUUUUACCCCAUCUACUUCCGGCCGCUGCUAAUGCCGGAGGAGUACAAGAAAGAACAGUCAGUAAACCGAGCUGGGGUUGUUCAAGAGGAUAUUCAGCCUGCAGCCUAGUUAUGAACUGCUGGUAUUCUCAUAUUUGAUUUGUAGGGUUAAAAGUGUGGUCUGAUCCAUUUGGAAGAAAGUAAUGUUGGCGGCUGGGUGUAUUGCAAGGCAAAACUGAAGAUGGACAUCUUCAGCCGUUUCUUCAUUCACUGAACUUUGUCUUUGGGUGUUGCUGGAGAAGAAUUCUGAAUAUGCUGUGUGAGCACAUGAGGAGCAACAAAGGCUACUGCUUGAAGUCCUAAGGGAUGAACUUAUGCUGGUUUUGACAGAGGAUACUGGGACGUAGUGCACAGACUGUAGAGAGCUGAAUGAUUCUUGAGAUUAGAAGUAAAAUAUUUGUUUCUUUGAGAAAAGGGAAGAGGAUUUUUUGUUAAUAUGUAGACUCUUGUAGAAUAAAUUAUGACUAGAAUAAGUCAUGCAGGCACUGCAGUUUCCUACCUAGUUUGAGAAUUAUUUUUUGUGGUUUUAUUAUGAAAACAUGAUAAAAGUAUAUACUGAGAGAGAUCAGUGCAGAAAAUAUAACAAGGUGACUGUACAUUUGUACAUUAAAAUUUCUUCCUUUUAAA